AUGAACUUAUUGCCGAGUGGAAUAUGUUUUUAUUUAUCUGUAGCAGUCUGCUGGAUGACGGCCGAGGUCGAUGCGUCCUGGUGGUACAUGGGCACGCUGGGCUCCCAGGUGAUGUGCGACAACAUUCCCGGUCUGGUGAACAAGCAGCGCCAGCUGUGCCGCCAGCACCCCAAGGUGAUGCAGGCCAUCGGCGCCGGGAUGAAGGACUGGAUCUCCGAGUGCCAGCACCAAUUCCGCAACCACCGCUGGAACUGCAACACCACGGCCAGAGACCACAACCUGUUCGGACGCCUGCUGCUGCGCAGCAGCCGCGAGGUGGCCUUCAUGUACGCCAUCUCCUCGGCCGGCGUGGUUUACACGUUGGCGCGCGCCUGCAGCCAAGGCGAGCUGGACUCCUGCUCCUGCGACCCCAAGAAGAAGGGCUCGUCCCGGGACGCCAAGGGCUCGUUUGACUGGGGCGGCUGCAGCGACCACGUGGAGCACGCCAUGCGCUUCAGCCAGGGCUUCGUGGACGCCAAGGAGAGGAAGGAGAGGGACGCCCGGGCGCUCAUGAACCUGCACAACAACCGAGCCGGCAGGAAGGCGGUGAAGCGCUUCAUGACUCUGGAGUGUAAAUGUCACGGCGUCAGCGGGUCGUGCAGCGUGCGGACCUGCUGGCUCGCCAUGGCCGACUUCAGACGCACCGGCGACCACCUCCGCAAGAGGUACAACGGCGCCGUGCAGGUGGCCGUCAACCAGUACGGCACCGGGUUCACCGCCGCGCACGCGCACUUCAAACGGCCCAGCAAGAACGACCUGGUGUACUCGGAGGACUCGCCGGACUACUGCAUACGGGACCACGAGUCAGGUAAACGCCCGCCGACCUUUACGGAACCACGGGGAGCGGAUGAGUCGACGAAUGAUUCAGAUUAA